GUGAUUCCUCCAUGGGAAUUCUGAAAAGGAAAUAUGGCGGCGGAGGUUAUGUACACAAUCCACUUUUAUGUCUUAUUUCUGCUUUUAACGGUUCGGUUUUCUUCUAGUUUUAUCGGCAAUGGUGAGAACUACCGAAGGAAUGUAUCCCUGGAGCUGAACCCUGGUCUGAACUCCUCACUGAAGCCGCUGCCCCCUGGUGUUGACUUGCUCCAUGUGCGGGCGCUGGGCAAAAACAACACACUGCACUACCUCCUCUGCAGUCAGGGGGCGCCAGCAUUAUUACUGGUGCACACAAGCUCUGCUUCAUCCAAGGUGGAGGUAGACUGGCCUGCCUUCUUGGUACAAAAUACCACAGGCAGCCUAAAAGUGACUCCGGAGAGCAGUGUUCUGUACAGCAACGCACUCGUCUUUACCAGGCUGUGGGAGUACGACGAUGUCAACGACACAGCCGACCCGGAGCACCUGCCCCCCUCCAGCUUCUUCCAGCCCUACGAGCUGCAGAACUUCACCUGGGACGACCUGAACAAGACACUUGACCCUACAGCCCACACCGCCCUGCUCUGUGGAAGAGACGCCAGCGAGAGCUUCAGCAAUGGCUCGCUCUGUCUGAAGUUCUCAGCCUUUGAUGCUGAGGGGCGGGACCAAGGCUGGCCCAGCCUCCUCCACAAUGCUAACUCCUCCCAGCUGAGGGUGGGGCUGGACGGCGUGUUGCCGAGGUCCAAUCGCUCUCGCUUCUCCCUAGAGCUACAGGUCGUAGGCGGCACCCAGCCCAUGAGCAGAGUGGAUGUGCUCCGGUCAAUAGAUGAUGAAUACACACCCUCCAUAUUCAAGGUAUCUCAGUGGGUGUCCUCUCCAGUCAACUCCACCUCCCCUGUUCUUGGUUACGCCCAAUGGAAGCCCGUGGCCUACCGCAGGCCAUCGCCUGUCUUUGAGGACGCCACUCCCUGCCGGCACUCAACCCCUGUCCCCAUAGCCCAGCUUCCCCCCUCCGGCCUGGUGCUGGCUUAUUUUGGAGGGGAGCGCCAGACCUCCGGGCUCAACAUGACCUUCAGUAUUGCUGGAGACCCAUUCUACAACACCACCAACUACCUCAGCUGGACUGUGUUGGUGGGGCUGGGCUCUCCUCCUGUGGACUCGUUCUCUCCCCUAGUUCUGGUCAUCAUGGCGGUGGGGCUGGGCACUCCCUUGCUGAUCAUCCUGUUGGGCGGGGUGUGUGUGUGUGUCCGCAAGAACAGGCUCCAACCGCAGGUCUACGAGCCAAUCAACUGAGGCCAAGCUAGGAUAUGUGUACUUUAAGUCCCGCUUUGAACCAUUUUCUUGCCAAUGAGCAGAGACACCUCUGGGCCCAUGUUUUCAAAAGUUAUCUGAUAGGAUUAAAUGCAUAGAAAUAUAAUGAGUAGAAUGGACAAAUCAUUGACUUGAAUGGGGACAACUGUUCUAUUAAUUAUAUUUCUAUGCAGUUAAUCCUAUCCGAUAGGCAACUUUUGAAAAACUGAGCCCUGGUGUCCGGCAGGUGUCACUUUUUUAUUUUUUAUGAGGUGCACUGAUACAUGUGAAAUCCACUACUUGCGCAGGACUGUCAAAUAUAGCCACCCAUUGUUGGCACAACCGGCCAAUAAGGCUUUGACAAAAACUCAUUUAGGAAUGGACUGAAUCAUCCUGUGGAAGAGAAAGGUAAUGAAUGAGUGCAUUUAUUUGUGCUUGGGAAUGCCAAAGGCUCCCAUCUCAACCCUAACAUUUUUAUACAGCAAAUUGUGAAAAGGCUUCUUACUGUAGGUAGGUUUAAUUAAAAAAUAAUGUAAUUGUGAAACUAAAAUGGAGUACACUGUCCUCCAUUUCUGUGUAAAACAGUAUAUUAUCUUAUCAUUGUUGCUCAACAAACAUUUUGUACAUGAUGACAUGUUGCACUGAAGUCGUCCAUGUUUGGCACUGCCUAUCUAGAUAUACUGACCUUGCAUGGGUCCUUCCUAAUGAUAGACUCACGCACAUAUAAAUAUCUGAUGACAGAAGAAGAGUCAGAAGGGAGCAGGGCCUUUUUUCAAAACACUGAUCUGAGGUCAGGUUGUACUGUAAUGGCUUAGGAAUUGGUAAGAAUAAGAUGAUCCUAGAUCUGCGCCCGAGGGAGACCCAUACCUGGAGCAGUGAGAGGAAAAUAAAUCUCAGAAGAAACUUAUAGAAACAAGGUUUGUUACUUUCUUUCCCAAUCCCUUGAAUGUUAGUUAUCGGUUGGGGAGAUGGGAAGCAUAGUUUGGGUCCAUGUGCUACCCAAAGUAAACUGAAAUGUGAUAAUUGUAAAAAAUAAAAAUAAUAAAAGUUUCGUUUUAAA